AUGGAUUCUAUCAAAUAUCCGCCGUCUCAGCGUGCGGUAAUAAUAGGCACUGGCGAGAAAGUGCAAAUUCAGGAUAACAUCGAGAUCCCUCAGCUGCAAACCGGAGAAUUCCUCAUUCGUACCGAUGCAGUGGCAGUGAACCCCAGCGACACGAAGAUGCGUGGCGACUUCGUGACGGUUGGGGGCAUUCUUGGAACCGAUUACGCUGGUACUGUUGUUGCUCUUGGGCCCCAGGUCGAGUCCGUCAAAAUUGGCGACAGAAUCUGCGGAGCCCAGAAUGCCAUGAACGCAAAAACGCCUCUUCGAGGCUCAUUUGGGGAAUACAACAUCUCCGCGGGUAAGGUCUGGUUGAAGUUACCUGCAUCGUUGAGCACUGAGGGCGGUGCAACGCUGGGCGCAGGAAUCAGCACCGCUGGUCUCGGUAUCAAGCUUCUACAACUUCCUCUGCCAGAUGCCCCGGUGGACAAGUCAGCCUAUGUGUUGGUCUAUGGCGGUAGCACAGCAACUGCAACCAUUGCUAUUCAGCUUCUCCGAUUAGCCAAUCUAACUCCAGUUGUUACAUGCUCUCCAAAAAACGCCGCACGAGUGAAGGAAUUAGGUGCUGAGGAAUCUUUCGACUACCAUGACCCAGAUUGCGCAAGCAAGAUCAGAUCUUAUACCAAGAACAAUCUUCGCUACGCUCUGGACUGCAUUACGACGGUUGAGUCAACGAAGUUCUGUUUUGCCGCCAUCGGCCGUGCCGGCGGUCGAUAUGUAUCCCUCAACCCAUUCGCAGAGCAUGCUGCCACCCGGGCGACGGUCAAGACAGAUUGGGUGCUUGGUCCUUCGAUUUUUGGCGACGGUUCAACGUGGCCCGCUCCUUAUGGACGACCUCCCAGCGAGGAGAUCCGGGCUUACGGCGAAAGACUAUGGAAUAUCGCACAGAAAUUGGUCGAUGAAGGAAAAUUGCAGCACCAUCCCGUACGUGUUUUAGAAGGCGGGCUAGAUGGAAUCCACGCUGGUUUGGACCUCGUCCGAUCGGGCAAGCUUUCGGGCGAGAAAUGCGUGGUUCGAUUCGGGAAGUAUGGGUCUUGA